AUGACUCCUAUUUACGCUUCAUCUCUUUUCCCUCCUCUGAAAGCCACCCAGUUAGUAUCCAUUUCUGUGUUCCAUGCUCUUGAUGUUGUUUUUGCUACUACCUUCGACGUGAUUCCAUCCCGGUACUAUUCUUUUGUUCUUGCCUCUGUUGUUUUAGAGUUCCGCUACAUCUCUGUCUCCAUCAUGUUAUCCAUUCUCAUCCAACAUCCAGCUUUUGCUAACUGCUCAAAGCCACUAAGAGAAACCACCUGUUCAUCUUCUAACAACCACGUCUGCUGUGAUGUUAUAAAUGGACCCAGUAGUGAACCCAGUACUAGAGGUCAUCAGGAAAAGGUUAAAAAAAGAAACCAACGCAUUGAUAGGAUUCCUACUCAACCCUCUGUUUUACCUUUUGUCCAAGAUUGUGUUUUCUGUGGUGCUAAACGUUUCUAUCUUGAGCCACCUGGUUUUUGCUGUGCUUCUGGUGAAAUUCGAUUAGUUGAGACAGAGAUGCCUGCUCAAUUAGCAAAACUCUACACUGCUAAUACUCCGGAAGCAAUUGAAUUUCGCCAAUGUAUCAGAAGCUAUAAUAACAUGUUCGCAUUCACGUCUCUGGGAGUUCAUUCUGAUAAGGAGUUGAAUAAGAGAGACAGAGGAAUCUAUGCAUUCAGAGUGCAGGGCCAAAUGUAUCACUUUCUCAAUCCACUGGUUCCCAUGGAUGGCCACAAACCAUCAAAUGUGCAGUUAUACUAUUUUGAUACUGAGCAUGAAAUUGCCAAUCGAAUGGCAAUUUCUAACAAAUUCCGAGAAACUAUUCUCCAGCAGCUGCAGCAGCUCCUAGAUCACAAUCCCUAUGCUGCAUUUUUUCGUAGUUUAAGAAACUUUGAAGACAUUUAUAAUCAUAAAGUCUUCUUAAACUCACACCCUUCUCUAGACCAACGUGUGUAUAACACUCCAACAGUUUCUCAAGUGGCUGCCAUAUGGACAGAACAUGACCUUAAUAUAGGAGAUUCUUCCCAGCAUAUACAAGGCCAUAAUAUGCAUAUAAGACGUCAUUCUUCUGCAGAAGAAAUAAUUUCAGCUGAGAAUGCAGUUUUGCAGAAAAAAAAGAAAAAAAGGACUACUGUCUCUUGUCGUGAAUACUACUGCUACAAAUUUCAAAUGCAUGAAAUUGACAAAUCCUUAUUGCUACACUGUGGGAGACUGUUCCAGCAAUUCUGCAUUGAUACAUACGUAAAGAUAGAAUCAGCAAGACUGGAUUUUCAUCGAAAUAGGCAGCGACAGAUUAGAACAGAUGUUUACCAAGGAAUUUUAGACAGUAUUGCAAAUGGAGAAACAUCUGGAUCAAAUGUUGGUCGACGAAUAUAUUUGCCUGCUUCUUUUAUUGGAGGUCCUAGAGAUAUGAAACGAAGAUACAUGGACACCAUGACACUGGUCCAACGGUAUGGAAAACCUGACAUAUUCUUAACAAUGACCUGCAAUCCAGCUUGGCCUGAGAUCAAGAAACAUCUCUCUGAUCGCGAAGAGGCACACAAUAGACCUGAUGUAACUGCAAGAAAGAGAGGUCUCCCACAUGCACACUUUUUGAUAAUCCUUGCAAAUGGAUGGAAAUUGGACUCACCUGAAGCUUAUGAUCGUGUUGUAUCUGCAGAAUUACCAGAUCCAGCUUCUUUCCCAUAUCUGCAUUCUGUCGUAGUUGCUCACAUGUUGCAUAGACCAUGCGGAACAGCUAAUAAAAACAGUCCAUGUAUGAAGCAAAAUGGAAAAUGCAAAUUUGCCUAUCCAAAGGACUUUGCUGAAUUCACAAGACAUAAUAAGAAUUCAUACCCUCUUUACAUGCGUCGUUAUGAUCAAAAGACUGUCACAGCUCGCCAUUUCCAGUUCGACAAUCGUUGGGUAGUUCCCUACAAUCCAUACUUACUUGCCAAGUAUGAUUGCCACAUCAAUGUUGAACUUAAUGCAGCAGAGAAUGAUGAAGCAAUUGAUGAAAUAAAAAAUUUCCAAUCUGGACGAUGGAUAUGUGCACCAGAAGCAGCAUGGCGAAUAUUUGCUUUCGACCUCAGUAACUUGAAUCCAUCUGUCAUGCCAUUACAGAUACACCUAGAAGGAGAACAGUCAAUGGUUUCUAAUGAGGAUGAUAUUCUGGAGAGAGUUGUAGUGGAUGAACAAAUGUCACGAACCAUGCUUACAGAAUUUUUUCGAAUGAACAGUGCAGAUGGACAUGCAAAAGAGCUCAAAUGUCUUUAUAAAGACUUUCCUCAACAUUUUGUCUGGAAUGCAACUCACAAAAUAUGGGAACCGAGACAAAGAAGAAGUACAAUUGGAAGACUAACUACAGUGCAUCCAACUCAAGGUGAAAAAUACUACUUACGGAUGCUACUAAUGCAUGUCAGAGGGCCUAAGUCUUAUGAAAGUCUAAAGCACAUCGGCUCAAGAACAGCUUCAAUUUUUAGAGAAGCUGCAGAAAUUCUAGGCUUGUUAAAGAUUGAUGACAGUGCUGAACAAUGUUUACUUGAAGCUGUAUCAUUUCAGAUGCCUUAUACUCUUCGUCACUUAUUUGCUCUCAUUCUGGUCUAUGUACUACCUCCCAAUCCAAUGUUACUAUGGCAGAAAUUUGAACCAUACCUGUCUGAAGACAUUUCUAAAGACAAGUCUCUAUCAGCUGAACAGAUAAGACUAAAAGUUCUCCAACUCAUUGAUUCUCAUCUGCAAUAUAUGGGCAAACAUCUUGCUGAUUUCAAGAUAGUCGUCCCUAACACUGAUGACUUUUCCAUUCAAAGAGACACACAAGAAAUAGAGGCUGAGUUAGACAUCAAAGUUUCUACCGAGGACAUAGCAUCAGUUGCUCUUCUCAAUCCUCAUCAACGAUCUGCUUAUAAUAAAAUCAUCAAUAGCAUUGACAAUAACACAUCAGCAGCUUUUUUCAUAGAUGGACCAGGAGGAACAAGCAAAACAUUCUUAUAUAAGGCUUUACUAGCAACUGUGAGGUCUAAAGGUCAAAUUGCAUUAGCCACAGCGUCAUGCGGCGUUGCUGCUUCUAUUCUUCCAGGAGGACGUAUAGCUCACUCAAGAUUUAAGAUUCCAAUUCAUGAGAAUGAUGACAGUGCGUGUAACGUUAACAAACAAAGUAGCAGUGCAAGACUGAUCAAACAAGCCAAACUGAUCAAAGCCACAAUGGCUAAAAAAUAUGCUAUUGAGUGCUUCGACAAGCUACUGAGGGAUAUAAUGGAUUUAGAUACAAUAUUUGGUGGCAAGGUUGUUGUAUUUGGUGGCGACUUUCGUCAAACAUUACUUGUUGUCGUCAAAGGUUACAAUGAAGAUUACAUUUCUGCCAGCUUGUGUUCUGACACUAAUAUCUAUAUAGUACCCUUCAAGAGAACACAAUUUCCAGUUAGACUUUGUUUUGCCAUGACUAUUAAUAAAGCACAAGGACAAACACUAGACUUCGUUGGCUUGUACUUAAAAGAACCAGUAUUUGGCCAUGGUCAGCUAUAUGUUGCUUUAUCUAGAGCUAAAACAGUAAAUGAUGUUAGAGUUUUAGUUAGGCCCUCUCCAGAUGAGCAGACUGACACAGUUUCUACAAGAAACAUAGUAUACAAUGAAGUCAUAUCAAUCACUGGUGUUGUCUAA